AAGAUGAUAUAAAAUUAGUCUAUGACUUUAUUCAAUGGAGUGAAGACGUUUGUUGUGAGAUUUAUUUCCUAUUAUUUCGCCUUCCGUCGUUUUUAUUAAUUCUGUGUAAUAGUAAUAAAUAUUUUUUUACUUUAUAAAAAAGACGAGUUCGACAAUUUUUUUUCUAGUGUUAAAUGUAGUUACAGUAGAAUGUUUUUCGAGCGUAUAUUGUUGUCUGUGUUCUGCCUUGGAUUAGAAGUUUUCCCGCGGGCCUUUGCCGAGGAGGUGGAAAUUCGUGAUGUAGCUGCAGACAAGGGCACAAAUGUGACGAUACCCUGCAGUGGAGUAGACUCCUUACCAUCCCCCAACGUGCAGUGGGUGCACAGGGGCAACAGGACACACCACGAAGUUUUGAGCGACGGCAGUCUACUGCUGACAAACAUGGGAUUAGAAGACGCGGGACUGUACGAGUGUUCCGUGGAGAACGAGACAGCAUACGUCGAUAGGGUCAACCUCACUGUACGGACGGAGCCGCCACCGCUAGUAAACGUGACAGUCCACGCGUCUACAAUCUUGGCGCUGAUCCUGUGGAACGUGGCGGGCGAUGGCGGCCACCCCAUCAUAGACUUCACCGCGCAGUACCGCUCGGCAGCGCCAGUCAACGGCACGCUCGAGCCCUGGAGACCCAUCAGUCCCAACCAUAUCAGCCCUAACUCGCGGCAAGUAGACGUGUACCACCUAGACACGAACGCGUCGUACUGGUUCCGAGUGUGGGCUACCAACGCGCUGGGCCCAGGCCCACCGGUGGAGGUGCUGGCCACCACGCUCUACAGCGACCAGGAGGCUGAGCUGUACAAGCACUUCUUCAGCGGCGCGGAGCAGUUCGACACGCGCACGUGGGUGGCGGCCGUGUGCGUGGUGAUGGGCACGCUGCUGGUGCUGGCGGCCGGCACGUGCUGCGUGCUGUGCCGCGAGUGGCGCCGCCACGACUACGCGGAGGAUCAAGACGUGAUGGAGCUAGUGCCUAACAUAAUCCUGAACCCCGGCUUCAUGGAGAUGGAGCCGCUGCGCGCGCGCGAGCCGCACGCCGCCUCCAUCAUCAAGUCGGCCGAGUGUCCCGGGCCCGGCAAGCCGCGGCGGGUCUGAUUCUCGUCUAUACUAAACCUUAGGAUAUUCUAUCGCACCGAUUCCGGCCUCUUGUCAUGAUCGAGGGCGACAAACGAAAGAAGCCUGGUUGUUGAUAAGGAAAUUAGAAUUUGGACGAUAACCAAUCAGGAAACGACAACCAUUGGAUCGACUUUAGCGUUAUAAUGACGGAUUAAUACUACACGGUGAAUGUCAACGUUAUGACGCUACUAAUUGUCAUUUUCACAGCAAACGUCAGGAGCGACUUAUCAGUUUCUAAUUUGAACGCUUGCUUUUGAAA